CGCCAUCGCACAUUGGGGUACCCGAAGGAUGCGGUUCACAUGACGCCUUUCCUGGUUUCGGCGGCUCUGGGACCAAGCCAGGAGCCAGGAGCCAAAGGGCACUGAGGACUCGGUGGUUUCCCAAGAGGGUGUUGAAGGAGGGGAGGUCAUUGAAGGCCCUUGAAAGACCUCUCCUCAUGAAGAGGGACUGAAGCAACAGCCCCUGAUAGUGCUGCUGCUUCUACUGCCAAGUGUCUGGCAGUGCGUUCAAAGGAAGCCUGAAGACUGGGAGUAGUUCAAGAUGUGUAGCUCCAUUGUGCCCAGGCUGUGGUUUUUGACUGAUCGCCGUAUCAGGGAAGACUACCCCCAGCAGGAAAUCCUGAGGGCACUCAAAGCCAAGUGUUGUGAAGAGGACUUGGACUUUCGGGCCUUGGUGAUGGAUGAAGUAGUCCUGACUGUCGAGCAAGGAAACCUGGGUCUUCGCGUUAAUGGGGAAUUCAUCACCGCUUACCCACAGGUAGUUGUGGUUCGCGUGCCAACACCAUGGGUCCAGAGCGACAGCGACAUUACAGUUCUUCGCCAUCUAGAGAAGAUGGGCUGCCGGCUGAUGAACCGCCCCCAGGCCAUACUCAAUUGUGUCAACAAGUUUUGGACUUUUCAAGAACUGGCUGGCCAUGGUGUGCCUCUUCCUGAUACUUUCUCCUAUGGUGGUCAUGAAAAUUUUGCCAAAAUGAUUGAUGAAGCAGAAGUUUUGGAGUUCCCUAUGGUUGUGAAGAACACGCGUGGACAUAGAGGCAAAGCCGUGUUUCUAGCAAGAGACAAGCACCACUUGGCAGACCUGAGCCAUUUAAUCCGUCACGAGGCCCCUUACCUAUUCCAGAAAUACAUCCAGGAGUCCCAUGGCAAAGACGUCCGUGUCAUCGUAGUGGGAGGCCGUGUAGUGGGCACGAUGCUGCGCUGCUCAACAGACGGUAGAAUGCAAAGCAAUUGCUCGCUUGGUGGCAUAGGAAUGAUGUGCUCCUUGAGUGAACAAGGCAAGCAGCUGGCCAUCCAGGUGUCUAACAUCCUGGGGAUGGAUGUAUGUGGCAUCGACCUCCUCAUGAAGGAUGAUGGCUCAUUCUACGUCUGCGAGGCCAAUGCAAAUGUAGGUUUCAUUGCCUUUGACAAGGCUUGUAAUCUAGACGUAGCUGGUAUCAUAGCAGACUAUGCCGCUUCCCUCCUUCCCCCCGGUCGCUUGACGCGACGCAUGUCUUUGCUCUCUGUGGUGUCCACGGCUAGCGAGACUAGCGAGCCAGAGCUGGGCGCUCCAGCUAGCACCACUGUCGACAACAUGAGUGCGAGCUCCAGCUCUGUCGACAGCGACCCUGAAACCACAGAGAGAGAGUUGCUCACCAAGCUCCCGGAGGGUCUAUUCAACAUGAACCAGCUAAUAGCCAAUGAGAUUAAGCUCCUGGUGGAGUGAUGCCACAAGUGUGUGCGUGUGUGUAUAUAUAUAUAUGACCAACUUUCUUGUACAUUUUUUUUUUAAAACAACCAACUUGUAGUGCUGUUUAUCGGAAGUGACUCACAGAGAUUAGGGGAGGGGCGUUUAACCUGGGGGGAAGGGUCAAAACAUGCAUGUUCUGUGAAUGCUGCUUUUGCCAUGUAUUCAACUCGCAGGACAUAAUUUUUAGUUUAUAUUUUUGGCAGCCAACUGCAACACCCAGUUUAAAAAGCCUGUAUUCUGGGAUUUUUAAAAAAAAGAGAGAGAAAAUGUUCUAUUUCAAUUUAGGGAUGCCACUGUGAUCGUAACACCCACUGCAGAGCAUGUGUGUCCAUAGGGUACAGUUUCAGCUUAAUAAUGUGCUUUCGGAGUUUGAAGGUUGUGUUGAGCGCUCCAAAGGCAUCUGUGAACUCAGGUGUCUUGCAAGCCAUUCCCCCGCUUUGUUGGAGCCGAGUCCAAAUAGGUCGCUGUGUGUCCCUUGUUGUAUGUUCGAUAGGAGUCCAGGCUGGGGUUUGGGGCAGUCUGUUUUCUUCCAAGGGCAUGAGAGACCAGCAUUUCCUGCCCUCAGGUCAGCUGGAUCAGUCAGCUCCUAUCCCUGCCAAACAGCCCAUGUCGGCCUUGGAGGGUCCAGCCGUUAAGGCGCUUUAUUAGGGUACGACAUUCGCUAGUUCAACAUGAGCUUUUUUUAAAACGAACCUGCAACUUCUGCCAUUCCAGUAUUAACAAAUGGGUUUGUUCCAUACUUGUUUAUAUUAAAAACAAACAAACAAACAAAAAGCUUCCUUAACGAGAGAGAAUUUUAGUGUACGGGCGUGGGAGGGCUAAAAAUCAUUUUAAUUCCAGGGUGGGGUGGGAUUGGGGGGAAAGACAUGUAAAAAAAAAUUCAUUCAUGCUUAUCGGUGGCAGAAGUGGCAUGUGUCCCUCUUGCACGAAAGGCGAAGAUAAACAGCACUGUUCUUGUUUGGUGUACAAAAUAAUGUUUAAUCCAAUGUGAAAAAGAAUUACACUAGUUUAAACAAAUGUGCAUUGACUUGUAUUUGUUAGUGUUUUAGUCCUUUUUGCAAGAUAUAUGCUAUGUUACUGUUACAUUUCUAAUAACAUACUCAUCCAACACUUCCCCUCUCCAUGCCUGCAUCCUUAACAGUGGCCAAACAUACCCCUGCACUAUUUAAUGAUAACAAUAAAAACCUAGACCUCUGUACAUCUUUAUUUUUUUUUUAAUCGUUACUCAGAAAAGCUUGGGAAGGGUGUAUGGAGGAGGGUUCUAAGUGGUUGCAAAUUUCACAACUGCUUUGGAGUAACCUUAAUACGUUACUGCUGUUUGGGGUAACUCACCUUGAAAGAAAACAUUGGAAUCUAAAGUAGGGUGACUUCUGAAGAGUGAGAGAGAGAGAGACUCAAUUUCAUUUUAGGAAACAAUGCAGGACACUUUUCUUCCAUUAAGGCCCGGCCAGAAUGGGAAUCUGCUCUGGGGCCUCAAAGGAAUAUGUGGAUCUCAAGCCCUUAUGUAUGUGUCUGUAUUUUGCUUUGUUUUGUCAUUUUUUAUUUUUUUUAUUUUUAUUUUUUUUGUCUGUCUGGUUCGUCACUCUUUUCCAGAAUCCCUGGUGAUCUCCUCUCCUGACUCUGAUACUUCUGGCUGUGCAUUUUCUUAUUAAAUUUGAUAAAAGAACCAAAACAGCAGCUGUGGGUCUGUUUUAAUAGCCACACUUUCCUCCUCCUCCUCCUCCUCACCCACAUCUCCUUUAUGUAUUUUGUUUGGGGUACAUACAGAAUUGAAGCUAAAGAGAAAUAUCUGUCUAUAUAUUAUAAUACGAAAGCCUCUUGUUUAAAACACACACAAACACACUCACACACACAGUAAAAUCUUUUGCAAUGGAAAAGAUGGCUUUUGGAGGGUGGGCACAGCGUACGGAUGCAGCGCUGCUUUUGUCUGGAUGCUUCAAGGAGGCGGGUCCCCUUUGCCCUCCAAGCUCCACCCCUCUGGCUGGCUCUAACCUCUUCACUCGGCUGCUUACCGGCAUUCGGACCUCAAAUAACGCACCACUUAUGGACACUACGCAGAGAGACAUCAAGGAGGCAAUAAACAGGACAGUGUUAACCUGCUUUCAUGGAGGUUGUAUCAUGCUUACGUGUACAGGUUCCC